GUACUCACUUGCGCCUCUAUUGUUCUUCUUCGGCUCAAUCAUGUCCUUUUUACCUAUAGAUAUGCUCUGCUCCUCUUCGUUUUUCUGGCCUACGCUAGACUUUCACACAGCACCAUCUCUUCACUUUUGUUUAUAGCCUCAUCGUCGAACCAAACGGAUCACAAACUCACUACAACAUUGGUUCUUGCUCGAAUUCCUUUUCUCAACUUCCUAGGAAUCCCAUUCAGCCACUUCUUUGCAGCUGGGCUGUUUACUUUAUUGACCGCUGUUUUCAUACUCCAUUUUAUCACCUACGAAAGAAAUUGUCUUGUUUAUAGGAUCAUUCAGUUGCUUAUUACCUUGGAAAUAAGCUUGUUUAUAUACUCGGCCUAUUCUGCCUCUUAUUCAUCAGUUCUUUCUGGUCCAGCCAUCUCAAGCCGACUACAGAUGACCAUACAUAAUAACAUAAUUUUGUAUUCCGCUCUAUUUGUUGCCUGGACAAUCAUGGGUGGCCUCUUGCAGCCCUGUCAAUCCUUCCUGCCAAACAGCUCUACUCGUCGUAUUAUACACCAUCCUUUAAUUGGCUUAAUUCGCCUUAUCCAUAGGCUUUUUCAGGAUUUGGGUGGUCCUCUACUUUGCUGUCUCGUAUGGCAGCGCUUGCGUCUGGGUCAGCUGUUGUUGCUUCGCCUCGGCGCCUCCGUAAUUGGCAGAUUUGUACUAAAGGUUCCAGAAAUGGUCAGUUUUUUGAAAGGGUCUGAGCCUAGCACUUUAACCGAUAGCUUCAGUAUUUAUAUUUCUGUGCUGUUGACGAGUACAAAAGCAGCUGUGGAAGCCUCUUUCUCCUCGCUCGGCGGCUUGCUAGGUAUUCUUCUGGUAUCAGGACUUUUGGCUUCUUGGACCAUUCAAACUUCUCGAUGGUUCUUUGGAUUAAUUACGAAGCGUCAACUCCAGACUCCUUUUGUCCAUAUACAUGAAGAAACAAAUGAAGAGGCAUCGUCUGGCCUGUCAGCUAGUUCACCUCUACUUAAUGUAAACUUCUUUGGCUUGCCUUGGCUCGAAUCUUUUUUGCUCUUUUGCCUCGGAAUCUGUCUCUUUUAUCGGUCUAAAGCCCAGAUACUCCACUCUUCAGCCAUAGCAUCACUCAAUUUCAUUCCGACAAAUGACAAAACUGCUAUCAAUUUUCAGAUGCCUGGGGCUAUUUCUCUUUUUCUUAUAACUGGGCUGGCGAGUGGCUUGGAGGCAAGCAGCUGGUUUAUGGAACAGCAUCUUUUUAGGACUAGGCCUCUUCGCCGAAUCGCUGGUAGCUACGUAAUCGGUCAGACGCCAGUUAUCCGGCCACUUGGUCGGCCCUGGAGCCUACUGCAGCACAACAAUGGUACCUGCUUCGCUCUUGCCUGCUUUGCUUGUCUUCCGGCUUCGCUUGCAAGAUUCACCAGCGGUCAGAGCUGGCCCGCCCGCUCUUCAGGCGGUACCUGCCAUUCCGGUGGUCUCGAGUGUACGAUAUUCUUCGACUUCCUCUCUGGCUACCUAGUAUGUAGUCUCCUGAUUGUUUCUCUGCGAAGCUUUCUCAUGCUGCUGUUCUCCCGGAUACCACUUGUGCUACCCCUUCCCUUCGAAGCGACUUCACCUGUGUCUGAGGCUGGACCUGAUAUUUGGGUUGGUCGAAAUUUCAUUUUUGUAUUGCUUUUAUCCUAA